UUCACAAUUUAUAAAGUCCUCUUUUGACAUGCAUUUUAUUUGCGCAUCCUGAUUUCUAAAAUGCUUUUUACACCGCUAAGUAACAAGUUGUUGUCAAAAUGACAGUAUUUAAGUAUUGUCUUUGUGAGACAACACUUAGUGAAACAACGUUAGCUUACUAUCUGGAACGGAAUUAUAAGAAAUUCAUCUUGUGAUGCGCGAGAAAAAGCUCGGCGGAAAUUGAAACGAGGCGCUCAUCGAGAUUGCGAGUUCCAGCAUCCCAGAUGGCGCACGCGGAUUAAUCUCGUUGAAUAGAUUUCAAGUUUGCUCUCUUACGCGGACGGAUGAGAAAAAAUUAUAAUUAGUGAAUUGGUCCGCUGCGCUCUCACUAUACUGUACUAUAUUGUUUGAUAAGCUUCUGUCAAGUAGCUUGGUCAAAAUCGUUCGAGACCGAUUCGUGGAAUCGUGCGAUUACGCGUAGCUUUCUUUUCCGUCAAACGCAUAUUUUUUAAAGCUUUUCUAAUCAAAUUAAUUAUUCCAAUACUACAAAUAUGCAGUAGUUUCGAAUUUGUGAAUUAAUAGAAUUGCUUCUGAUUUCCGGAAAGCUUGUAAUCAUAAAUAACGGAGAUUAACCUCCGACAUGUCAGCGUCCGAAACGGCGGUGAUUUUCGCGAAGCUGGAAGCUUUAAAAGACAUUAGGUCAAAAACUCUUCAAUUGGAGAAACUGAAACAGAGGAUAUUGCAAGAAGUGGAACAAACCGAACAAGAAGAAAAAUGUUUAUUAGAGUACAAGCAAGAAAUGGACUUACUAAUGCAGGAGAAAAUGGCACACGUAGAGGAAUUGCGUCAGAUACAUGCAGAUAUCAAUGCGAUGGAAUCGGUGAUCAAGCAAGCAGAAGAAGCACGUAAUAGGGCAAGGGAAACUGCGAAAUUGAUUCAUAAUAAUGAUUAUCAACCAUUGAAACAUGACAUUGAUCGUAUGCGCAGAGAAUUUUUAGGUUUGGAAAGAUUACCAGAGUUGUAUGAAACUGAAUCAGAUCUUAUCUCGCCUGAACGGUUUGUUCAUAGUUACUUUGAACGUCCGAUGCAAAAGGCAGAAUGGAGAGUAGAGGUACGAGGUGACGAUUUAUUACCACCACUUGGAUUACACCAUCCUGGGCAUCCAGGUGGUUCUACACCUUUUCUAGCUCCGCAACCACUUCAAGGGCCAAGCAAACCAGAGCCUAGGCCGUUACCGCCAGCCCCAGGGCCACCCGCUCCAACAUUCAGGUACCACUGGCAACAACCACCACCUAUGAAAUCUUGCCUUUCGUGUCAUCAACAGAUUCAUAGGAAUGCACCAAUUUGUCCACUUUGUAAAGCAAAAUCACGUUCACGUAAUCCUAAGAAACCAAAGAAGAAAGAUUAAUUAUAAUUAUAAGAUAAUUUAUAUGAAUAUAUAUAACCUGCAUUUCUACAAUUCAUCUUAAAAAGAGAUAUAUUAAUCAUUUUUGUAAUCCAUAGUAAGAAUGCACUCUUAUUGUAUCAUUAGCAUUUAUAAGUGAUAAGCACAGCAUUUAUAAGACUCUAUGUGUUUAUAAUGUGUCAAUUUUUCAUCAAUUUGACAAUUGCUUUUUUUAGAGUUGGUUUUAUUAUAUUCGCGUUAUGAGUAUGUAAGAAGAAAUGUAAGAAAUGAUAGUCAAAUAAUUUCUAAUGCAAUAAUGAAAUAAAAAAAUUUAAUAUUUAAUAA